AUGAUUCACACCAUUCAGCAACACAAGACAGCAUGAUUAGCACAAGCCUCUAGCUGUCCGUUUCUCGCAGACCCUUCACAAACAGAGUUCCAGUGAUUCAUAGGAUAUGGAGUCGUGUGUCCCACCGGGGUUUCGCUUCCACCCAACAGAUGAAGAACUUGUGGGUUAUUAUCUCAGGAAAAAAGUUGCUUCUCAGAAGAUUGAUCUUGACGUUAUCAAAGAAAUCGACCUAUAUCGCAUUGAACCAUGGGAUCUCCAAGAGAGAUGCAGGAUUGGGUAUGAGGAGCAGAAUGAGUGGUAUUUCUUUAGUCAUAAAGAUAAAAAAUAUCCAACUGGGACAAGAACCAACAGAGCUACAAUGGCAGGGUUUUGGAAGGCGACAGGAAGAGACAAAUCAGUGUACGAAAGGACCAAACUUAUUGGCAUGAGAAAGACCCUCGUUUUCUACAAAGGAAGAGCCCCUAAUGGACAGAAAACUGAUUGGAUCAUGCACGAGUAUAGGCUUGAAACUGUCGAGAAUGGACCUCCACAGGAAGAAGGAUGGGUUGUGUGCAGAGCAUUCAGGAAAAGAACGAACGGUCAAACGAAGACUAUCGAAGGGUGGGAUCGAAGGUACACAUACGAGGAACAAGCAUGUGGUGUCUACUCUUGGGUGGAUCCUAUCGACCUUAUGUUAAGGAAACCACAGCGGAACAAUAUUUCGGCUGAAAAUUUGUUGCACAAGAAAGAGACAAGGUUGAUGCAUGCAGAAGAAGCGAUGCAGCUUCCUGAGCUAGAAAGUCCUUCCAUGACAAUAGUGAAAAAGCAAAGCUCGACAUCAGUGUCCCUUAUAUCAGACAACAUUAACAAGGAAGAUGGUUCUGAGAAGGUGACCGAUUGGAGGGCACUUGACAAGUUUGUGGCUUCUCAGUUGAGUCAAGAAGAGAGGCAUGAAAUAGAAGGGAUGUCAAGCUUUGCAGGUCACAGUGGGUCGGACAUGGCAUUGUUGCUACUCCAGAAUACUAAUGAAAGGAACAAGUUCAACCCUUUUCUAAGUGCAGCUUCAUCAGACUGUGACAUCGGGAUAUGUGUAUUUGAAAAAUGAUUAGGGUUCAUUUCUUGCAUUGGUGUUAGCUAUAUAAAUAUGUUGUAUGGAUGUUGAGACAUAUAUCAUUAUAUGUGUAAUUUUCAUUUGU